AUAUAUAUAUAUAUAUGUAUCGUCCGUGUAUUAUUUAAUCACAAGUUCAGUGACAAAUUUGUAUCUCGAAGAGCAAGAGGUUGAAUGGGAACAAUGAUGACUUCGCUUAUCGAACUUAAAAGAUUCUCAUCGAUGAGUAUAAUCGCGAUUUUGGCGAUGGCGGUCGGCGUCCAAGCGGAACUUAAACAAAUAAAUGUGAUAUUCCGGCACGGCGAUAGGAUACCCGAUGAGAAAAACGAAAUGUAUCCGAAAGAUCCUUAUUUGUAUUAUGAUUUUUAUCCACUGGAGCGUGGCGAAUUGACUAACUCAGGUAAAAUGCGAGAAUAUCAACUGGGGCAAUUCUUGAGAGAGAGAUAUGGUGACUUUUUGGGAGACAUUUACACGGAAGAAUCCGUCUCGGCUCUCAGUUCGUUCUACGACAGGACGAAAAUGUCUCUGCAACUCGUACUCGCAGCGCUCUAUCCGCCAAAUAAAUUGCAACAAUGGAACGAAGAUCUGAACUGGCAACCGAUCGCCACGAAAUAUUUGCGCCGCUACGAGGACAAUAUCUUUUUGCCAGAAGAUUGUUUGUUAUUUACGAUCGAAUUUGAUAGAGUAUUGGAAUCACCGCGUGGGAAGUAUGAAUUCUCGAAAUAUGAUAAAUUGAAGAAAAAAUUAGAAGAGUGGACCGGAAAAAAUAUCACUACACCAUGGGAUUAUUAUUACAUCUAUCAUACACUGGUGGCCGAACAAUCUUACGGUCUUACUCUGCCAUCUUGGACAAAUAAUAUAUUCCCAAGAGGAGAAUUACUCGAUGCGACGGUAUUUACGUACAACAUAACCAAUUCGACUCCUUUGUUGAAAAAACUUUAUGGAGGUCCGCUUCUUCGAAUAUUCACCAAGCAUAUGUUAGACGUAGUAUCGGGUACGCAAAAGAAAAAGCGAAAGAUAUACUUGUUCAGUGGACAUGAAAGUAAUAUCGCCGCCGUCUUGCACGCUCUUCAACUUUAUUAUCCUCACGUUCCUGAAUAUUCCAGUUCUAUUAUAAUGGAGCUUCACAAUAUCGAAGGCACUCACUAUGUAAAGAUCGUUUACUACUUGGGUAUCCCGUCUGAAGCAAGAGAACUUCAAUUACCCGGCUGCGAGGUACUUUGCCCUUUGUACAAGUAUUUACAAUUGAUUGAGAACGUGAUACCAUCGAACGAAGAGAUGAUUUGCGAUAAAAGAUUCGCCGACGAGUCGGCAAACAAUUUGUCGAUCGAAGAAUUAGAUUUCGUGAAAUUGAAUUUAAUAAGGAUAGCGGGUACUGAGAAUAAACAAUUCUUUCGAGAAAGAUACGAGGAUUUUUUGGGAGAAAUUUACACGAAAGAAAAUAUUUGGUUUCGCUCGGAUGAAGUAGAUAGAACUGUAAUGAGUGGACAACUCGUGGCAGCUGGAUUAUAUCCACCUUCCAAAGAACAAAGGUGGAAUCCAGAUUUGAAUUGGCAACCUAUACCUGUAUGGACAAUACCAGUUACUAUGGAUUGCCUUUAUAUUACUCAGUUUUCUCCAAGAUUUCAUACAUUGAGAAACAUAGUGGAAGAAACGGACGAAGAUGUGAUACAAUUUGAAAAAGACAAUAGAGAUAUUUAUAAAUAUUUGUCCAAACACACAGGUGGUAAUAUCACACAAUCAAGAGUGUUUUCAUUAUAUCAAUACUUAUUCUCACAGAGAGAUAUUGGUUUAGAAUUACCAGAAUGGACGAAAUCAAUUUUUCCUCACGGAAAACUUGAGGAAUUAGCUAUAUAUGACAUUUUGAUUCGUACUCGUACUCUGGAAUUGAAGCAAAUGUUAGGUGGAAUAUGGAUUCGCGAAUGGUUGAAUCAUGUUAAUGAUCAUAUAAGCAAAAAAGAUAUGCGAAAAGCGUUUAUGUAUGCGGCACAUGAUCUAAAUAUCGCAUAUAUACUUUCUGCAUUGGAUAAUUUCGAUAACGAAAUUCCUUACUAUGGUAAUAGUUUGAUGUUUGAAUUACACGAAGACGAUAAUGAAUAUUAUGUUCAGAUACUUUAUAAAAAUAAGGAUAAUAUUCGAGUUCUUAAAUUUCCUAAUUGUGAUAAGAUGUGUCCAUUAGAUGAAUUCAAGAAAUUCGUAGAGCCUUUAAUAUCGAUUAAUAUGGAAGAAAUAUGUGGACAUAAAUAAAGAAAUACAUAUAUUUUCUUGU